AUGUCACUGAAUACUGCGAAUACUCCAGAUGGUAAAGGAGUGCUUAUUUAUAAUGGAGAAGCCAUCUUGUUGUAUACAAAGCACGUCACCAUGUCUUUCAAUCACACAAAUAUGACGGCGCUGAAAGGAAAAAAGAACGGAUCGCUCUACUUGACUUCACACAGAAUAAUCUUCGUGGCCCAAUGCAAUGAUGGAAUGCGCUCAUUCUCAAUGCCCUUCUUUGCGUUAAGAGAUGUGAAGCUAGAACAGCCAAUCUUGUCACCAAAUUAUCUCAAAGGCACAAUCCAAGCCCAACCUGGCGGUAAUUUUGACGGCGAAGUCACCUGGAAACUCUCAUUUUCGAAAGGCGGAUGUGUCGACUUUGGACAAGCUCUACUGCAAGCUGCUGAUAUGGCUCAACGAUAUCGUCCCUAUGAUGCACCACCGGCUUAUGCACCGGCUCCCGGGAAUUUCUUUGCCGCUCCACCCGGCUAUUGUAUUCCACAGCAGAAUUAUCAUGGAUUCACCGCACCUACACAUGCUUUCCCAGAUCAGCCACCAGCUGGUGAGGUGUAUAUGUACGAGUCUCCUCCUCCAUAUCCUGGCAUUGCCGGCCCAGCCCAACAAGUUUCCGGUCCACCCGUUGUUCCUCCAUAUCCAGCUGGUCAAAUCGGUCAAAAUGUUCAUUAUCAACCAUAUGGUCAUCCGCCUAUCCCCACUCAAAAUCAACCACCAGCCUAUUCUGGUCUAUCCCAAUUAGUGCUCCAAGUGUCAGUC